GGUAAUUACGUUGAAACGUCGGGAUCACCGUGUCUCGAGAGGGGAUUCGUCCCUGGCUUCUUAAGGGAAGCUCGCAAAGGAUCGCGGGACAGCUUCUGGCUAGCUGACGUCAUCAGGAACAAACAACCAGAUCGAAGAUCCGCGUGGCAAGGGAGAGAUAUUAUAUCUCUGAGGGUUGGGGCUGUCUGGAAGUCCGCAAGUUGUGCAAGAGGGAAAAUCAGAAAAGGGAUACGAUCGAUCUUGGGGGAGAAAGACGAAAACACGGAUCUCAACGGGGGGGUAUUCGAAUCGCUGUCGAAUCUGUCGGCCCGAGUCUACUCUCGGGCAACUGUGAUCCUAUGUCUCGUCUGUCGUUCGAUCUUUAUUGAUCGCUCUUCGAUCGUUGACAUCGUUCGCUUUUAGGAAAGUAACGCGUACAAGCAUUACGGACCUCUUACGGAGAGAUCGUUCUCGGGCAAGAUGAGAACAAAUGGCAGGAUCGCGAUGAACGUCCGGCUGUCCCUGGCCGACUGAUCGUCAAAGACAAAUCGAGAACGGGCAAGGGGAGGCUUUUUGCAUCAGGGGGAUUGAAAAACGAUGUACGAGAGGAGCAAGUGAGAAUUCCUUUUCGCGUGUUCCCCCCCCUUUUUUUCGGUGAUCUCUAUCAGAGAAGAUGUGCCUGCGACACUUGCUACUCUGCCUGCUGGGUGUCAUCGUUAUCGUCAACGAAUCCGAGGCCAGUUGGGACGAAUGGUGGACCUACGACGGAAUUUCAGGACCUGCGUUUUGGGGACUGAUAAACCCCCAAUGGUCUUUGUGCAGCAAAGGAAGGAGACAGAGCCCCAUCAACAUCGAGCCUGACAAGCUUCUCUUCGACCGCCACUUGAGACCCGUGUUGGUCGACAAACACAAGAUACAAGUGUACGGGUACAACGCGGAAUUGUAUCACAAUAUGAGCGAGGCGCAGCACAAGAGUCAGGGGCUGGUGGCGAUCUCGUUGAUGGUGCAGCUCGGGGAGACGUUAAAUCCUGAACUGCAGAUCAUAACCAGCGUGUUCAACAAAGUUAUAUAUCGAGGCGAUGCCGCGCCCGUACGUCACCUGUCUUUGAAGAGCCUCCUUCCAGACACGAACGGUUACAUGACUUACGAGGGCAGCACGACUCAUCCCGGUUGUUGGGAGACGGCGGUAUGGCUGAUCCUCAACAAACCUAUUUACGUAACAGCGCGAGAGCUUUACGCACUAAAACUAAUGCAGGGGCCGCCGACCACCCCGAAAGCGCCCCUGGGAAACAAUUCGAGGCCGCUUCAGGAUCUUCAUUACAGGACUAUACGGACGAACAUCGAUUUUCGCAAGAGACCAGAUGCGAAGUGUCCAUCGAUGGCCCAGGACAUGCACUAUAGAGCGAACACGUGGCAGGACGAUGGCUCCCUCUCGCACAACGUCGUCUGAAUCGCGGCCUCCAACGCAGCACACAUUUCCGGCUUUCAACGCGACAGGUUCACGCGAAUAUUUUCCUAAAACCGUGCAUGUGUGCACAAGCUUGACAUGGUCACAAAACUUCAGGGGACUCGAUUCGUCCAAUUGCACGCAAUUCCCUUCAUCGAUCUUCCAAAUCGUCGCGAGAGACAACGAAGAUCGGAGGGGGAGCGGGGGAGGGGGGGAGAAUAGGAUUAAGAAAAUUGUACCAUCAAUUACGCGUGCCCCGAAUUUCCACUUCUCGAAUUCCGAAUCGUUGUGAUUUCAAAAAUUACGGACAGAAAUUUCGAAAUUCGCGAAGAAAAAAAUUUUCAUCUCCUUUUCUUCUCCUUUUCUUCCCCUUUUCGAGGCAAAUUCCAAAAUAUUGCAAGUUCGAAAGAACGCUGUCGCCAUUCUACAACUUUGUUGAGAUUAACGCAAAAUCUUUUCUUCCGUUUCGUUUUCCCCGUCAACGGUUCCAUUUCACCAUCUACAUCUACCCUUAAGAUAAUCCUCCCCACCAAGGAAUACACAAAAGUUCGAUA